UUAAUUUAGUUUAUUUGUGUGGAUUGAGGUGAUUGUGUUGGGGUUUUCGUGCGCAAAAUGGCAUUGGAAGAGAAAAUGGGUGUUCCCGAGUUCUACAAGGGUAAAACCAUAUUUAUCACGGGCGGUACAGGGUUUAUGGGAAAAGUUCUCCUGGAAAAGUUACUAAGAAGUUGUCCCGAGUUGGAAAAAAUAUAUGUACUUAUGAGACCAAAAAAGGGCAAACAUCUUCAAGAAAGAGUAGAGCAAAUCAUAAGUAUCCCAAUUUUUGAUCUUAUUAGGGAAAGUAACCCCUCACAAUUUAAGAAACUCAUUCCAAUCGAUGGAGACGUUACCAAACUAAACUUGGGUUUGUCCAAAGAAGAUAGGCAACUUUUGGUUAAUGAUGUAAACAUCAUAUUCCAUGCUGCCGCCUCAGUGAGGUUUGAUGAGCCCAUCAAAGAUGCAAUAUUAUUAAACACCAGAGGCACUAGAGAAGUGGUCUAUCUAGCAAAAGAAAUCAAAAACUUAUACGCCUUAGUGCACACUUCGACGACCUAUUGCAACACAGACAGAAAAUAUAUAGAUGAAAUUAUCUACCCCGAACAUGGAAAUUGGAAAGAUUCUAUAGAGCUAGCAGAAAAGUACGAUUCCCACAUCCUUGACGUUUUAACUGCCAAAUAUAUGAACAAGUUACCUAACACAUACACCUUUUCAAAAUCAAUGGCGGAACAUGUAAUAAAUGAUUUGUGCAAAGAUCAAAUACCAGCUAUAAUCAUAAGACCGUCUAUAGUAAUUUCUUCAAUGAAAGAGCCUGUUAAGGGUUGGAUUGACAACUUUAAUGGGCCCGUUGGGUUACUAAUGGGAGCUGGAAAAGGUAUAAUGAGAUCUAUGUACGUAAACCCAGAUGUUAGAGCCGAUUAUAUGCCAGUGGAUUUAGUAAUAAAAGCCAUGAUUUUGGUUGCAUGGGACAAGGGUUUAAAAAAGGAGGAAAAUAAUUUGGACAUUGAAAUUUACAAUUGCAGUAAUAAUAUGAACCAAACAAUAUACUCAGGAGAGAUGGUCUAUAUGGGUCGUGACUUGCUAUGGGAUCAACCAUUGGAAAAUAUGUUGUGGUACCCACAUGGUUCGUGGAUAACCACAAAUUUUUGUCUGCAUUACAUUAAAAUCAUAUUAUACCAUUUAAUACCAGCAUUAUUCGUGGAUUCUUUGUUGAGGCUUACAAAUCACAAACCUCUUCUUUUCAAAAUACAACGAAAGAUUUAUAUUGCGAAUAUGGCCUUGGCGUACUUUUUGUUUCAAGAAUGGACUUUCAACAAUACGAAUAUUCUUAAACUAGAAGAACAGAUUCCUGAAAAAGAUAAGGAAAAUUUUGGAUACGAUAAAUACUCGCCCCUAGCAAUCCCUUAUGCCUUUUUCAAAAAUGCUGUAAUAGGAGCUCAAAAGUAUCUUUUGAAAGAAAAAACUCCGUUGGAAGUUAAACGGAAAAAUGCUACAAGAAUGUGGAUUCUAUCAGUUGUUUUUAACGUCUGUUGGUACAUUGGACUGGCUUACAUCCUAUAUUAUAAAUUUGACAUUGUUGGAGUUUUAUUAAAUAUACUGUAUAAAAUACAAACGUAUUUUGUGAACUUAUAAAACAUAUUUAUUAAAGUUAUUAUAUAAAAUAUUUAA